AUGAAAUGUUUAGAGAAAUGUACCCAUCUAAGUGUAGCAAAGGAGGUAGAUAUAUUUUUAAAAAUAUAUUUUGGAAAUCUUAGAAAAAUAAAUGUUAAGAAAUUUGAAACAACCAUAAAAAGUAACGCUUCAAAUGUAGAAUAUGGAAAUAUAUUUUUUAAUGGUAACAUAAUUAAUGAAUAUAAGGAAUAUUUAAAUUUACCUGCAACAAAGGGGAAGGUCGUAAAUACAGUUCAAACACAUGAAAAUAGAAUAAAUGAAAAAGAUACAAGUUCAUAUAUCAACCCUUUUGAACAGUCUGAGUUAGUCAGGCAAAUAAGAAAAUUUUGUAGAAAAGAUGAUUUAUGUAAUAUAUACAAAUUUAAUGACAGUUUUUUACAUCUUCUGAAAUUCAAAAAAUUGAGUGAAAAUGACUUUUCUAUUAUAAUUCAUUUAUUAAGUAAAAAAAACAUUAACGAUAAUAAAUUUUGGAGAAGUAUAGUUAAUCCGGACAAUAUAAGUUUCAUUUUCAACAUGCACUUAAAACAAAUAAUUCUGUCCUUUUAUAGUAUUGUAAAUUCUUAUAAAUAUAUUAAUUUGAACUUUUUAAACUUGUUUACCCAUAAUUUAAUUUUCAUCUUAAAUUGUCAGAAGGGUUUCUUAAUACAUAUCAGAAAAGAGAAGGACGCAGAAAGAAAAAAAAAUGAUAUUACACAGUCUAGCUUUUAUCCGUACAGUGAUAUAGUAAUCGCCAAUUUUCACUUGAACAAGUUGAAAAAUGAAAAAGUGCCUUGCACUACUAACAUUGAUAAUAUGAAUAAUAAGCUGAUUACGUAUGAAAAAAAUGAGAUAAAAAACUGGAAUAAAUUAAUGUAUAAAAACAAUGAAGAGAAUGUUAGUUCUCUUUUUAGUAAUAGGAGAAAUCACUUGAACUUUUUAGAUUUAACAUUAAUAUGUAACACAUACUCCAAGUUAAAUGAUCUGGAGCAUUUGAAAAAUAUGCAUGAGUUAAAAAAUAUUAUGUACAAGCUUUUUCUUUAUUUUUUAUUUUUUAACAAAAUAUGUUACAAUCACUUGAUAUUGUUUAUUUAUAGCUAUACUAAGUUGAAAGGAAAUAUUCAAAAUUGCGUUUUACUUAAAAUUAAAAAGAUGCUAAUGAGCAUGCAAAAUUGGUUAUACUCUGAGGUGUACAAUACUCACAAUUUACGCAAUUUGCAUAGUUUAGAUAUAUGUUCCCUGAACAUGCUGAUGAAUGUGUUGCAAAAGUAUAAUUUUAAAGAAGACAAUUUUUUUAAGGAAAUUAUUUUAUCAGUCGUCAUUAAUCUAAAUUUAAAAGAAGAAAAAAAAGUCAAAAUAAAAAAAGGUCUACUAAAUAAUGAUGAAACGAUUCACAAUAAGUCUUUUUCUACUUACGAUUAUGUAAAUAACGUUGAUACAUAUACUCAUUUGAAUGGAAGUUUUAUCUCUAACGAAAGUAUUAACAGUAGGAUGGAUAAUGAACAAUGUGGAACUUUCUCAAAUUUACUAAAAAAAAAAGAUACACUCGUUGAAUAUUUGGAAAAAGGAAAAAAUAACAGCUCACAUAAUAUAUCAAAAAAUGGAACUUUAAUUAAAUUAAAGAAGAAAGACUUUUGUUUCCUUGUACAUAAUAUAAAUAAACUAAGAAUCAAAAAUUAUUAUAAUAUUUAUGAAUACAUUAAAAAUGAAUUAAAUAAUCAGUUAAACAUUUUUAAUGUGUAUAAUUGUUGUAUCAUGUUAAAUUGUUUAGUAAAUUUAAAUUUGCUUGAUCACGAAUUAUUUAAAAAAAUUUUAUUUCGUUUAAAAAUUUUAUUUAAUAAAAAUCAUUAUAAUGAAAAAGAUAUUACUGAUAUUUUCAUGUGUCUAUGUAAAUAUGCUCAGAAAAAUUUAAACAGUUAUAAAGAAAUACAAAUAUUCUUAAAUUCUUUGUAUUCAAAAAUAAAACUCAAAUUAAAAAAAUAUAACUAUAAGAAUAUCAUUUAUAUUUUUUGUUCAUCAUCAUAUUUUAAUAUUCCUUUUGAUGACAUUAUAUUGCAAGAUUUAUGCAUAGAUAUACUUAAUAAUUUCCACUCCAUAGGCAUAAAACCCUUGCUCGUGUUUUUAUACUUUUUAAAAAGUGGGAAUUAUCAAAUUAACUUUUUUUUUUUUAAUUUAGUCAUAUAUAAAGCUCUUUCUAAAGUAAAAGACGCUCAAAUCCUUAUUUUUUUCUUGCACAUCUUAUCUGUAUAUUCUGUGCAAACGUUACAGAAAGAAGAAAAUAUUCUAAACAAAUUAACACAAGUAUUAGAUGAAAUUAGAUUUAAUUAUAUAACAGAAAAAAUUAUUAUAUCAUUGUACAUAUAUGUAACACCUGUACUCCUAUUAAAUGAGACAUGUUUUUUAUUUUUCGAAAAAUCGUUGCAAUCUGUAAUAUGUAAUAAUGGCAAAGAGAAAGGCUACAGUGAUAGGACAGAAGACAAGAAAAAUGAACUGACACGUACAGCAGAAAAUUAUUUAGCACACCACAAGAACAACAAUAAUAAGAGCAAAUAUUUUUAUUCGAGUUUCAGUUAUGACUGUGAUUACAUUGAUGUUUUAUUUAAUGAUAUAUAUUGCUAUAUAAGCAAUAUAAGCAAUAUAAACAAAAUAAACAAUAUAAAUAAUAUAAAUAAUAUAAACAACAUAAACAAUAUAAACAGUAUAAAAAACGUAAACAAUAUAAGCAAUGUAAACAAUGUAAAUAAUAUAAACAACAUAAACAAUAUAAACAGUAUAAACAGUAUAAAAAACGUAAACAAUAUAAGCAAUGUAAACAAUGUAAAUAAUAUGAACAAUGUAAAUAAUAUAAACAAUGUAAACAAUUUAAAUAUUAAUGAAUUAAGGAUUUUCUUUUUUUUGUUACUAGCAGAUUUGUACGAACAAAAAACUCGCCUUUUCCAAAAAAGUGUGUUAUCAGAAAAAAAUAAAAAGAAAGUAGGUGAAAAUGGUAAUCACCAAAUUUCCAACUUAAUAAGAACAUGUAAAUUAAAAAUUCUUUUUGAUUCGUUAUACUUGCGAUUGAAUAAUGAUUGUUUAAAUUAUUUUUUAAAAACAAGAAAACCAUUUGAUUACGAAACAUGUAGAAAACAACACCUACUUAUUAAAAAGAUAAGGUGUUAUGAUACCAUUUUAAAAUUAAAUAAAUAUUCAGACAACAAAAAAGAAAAUGGAAAAAAUAUUCCACUCGAUAAUUAUUACAGAGAAGUUACGGAGUAUUUUAAUCACUUCGAAGAAAGCCUUUUUAAUGCAGUUAAAAUAUUUUAUGAAGAUUUUUUCCUUUAUUCAUUUUGUCAAAAAAAGGAACAAGAAAAAAUUACAAGUUUUAUAUAUCCCUCAAGUAAAUCUCACAAGUACGACCCUUUUGUUUUUUGUAUUAAUGAUAAUUUAAUUAUAAAAUUAAAAAAAAAUAUUUUUAUUAAUUCUUUCCGUAUUUCGUAUUUAUUUGAAUUAAGCCAGUAA